UCUUCAUGCGCAGCGAUGCAGCAGAGCGCGGUUGCAAAGGGGGAGCCUCGCAACAAAGGAUACAUCUGGGGGGUCAAGUCUGAGGAUGAACCAUCUGAAGCAUCACUGGAAAAAGCUGAGGAGCAGAUGCAGGAGCAGAAAUUGAGGGGUCAAGAUGGAGCAAAGAGACAAGAAGAGAGACACACUCAAACAGGGGACAAACCUCAUACAUGCUUGGAGUGUGGAAAGAGCUUCAGGUGGAUUAGCCACCUUACUUUGCAUCAAAGAACUCACACAGGGGACAAACCUUAUAAAUGCUUGGAGUGUGGAAAGAGCUUCAGUCAGAGUAGUUCCUUUAGUAGUCAUAAAAGAACUCACACAGGGGACAAACCUUAUAAAUGCUUGGAGUGUGGAAAGAACUUCAGUCGGAGUGACCACCUUACUUCGCAUCAAAGAACUCAUACAGGGGACAAACCUUAUAAAUGCCUGGAGUGUGGAAAGACCUUCAGUGACAGUAGCGCUCUUACUUCACAUCAAAGAACUCACACAGGGGACAAACCUUAUGAAUGCUUCGAGUGUGGAAAGACAUUCAGGUCAAGUAGCGCCCUUACGGUGCAUCAAAGAAUUCACACAGGGGACAAACCUUAUCAAUGCUUGGAGUGUGGAAAGAGCUUCAGUCAGAGUGUCCACCUUACUUCGCAUCAAAGAACUCACACAGGGGACAAACCUUAUAAAUGCCUGGAGUGUGGAAAGACCUUCAGUGACAGUAGCGCUCUUACUUCACAUCAUAGAACUCAUACAGGGGACAAACCUUAUCAAUGCUUGGAGUGUGGAAAGAGCUUCAGGCAAAGUGGCCACCUUACUUUGCAUCACAAAACUCAUACAGGGGACAAACCUUAUAAAUGCUUGGAGUGUGGAAAGAGCUUCAGUCAAAGUGGCCACCUUACUUCGCAUCACAGAACUCACACAGGGGACAAACCUUAUACAUGCUUGGAGUGUGGAAAGAGUUUCAGGUUUAGUAGCAAACUGACUUUGCAUCACAGAACUCACACAGGGGACAAACCUUAUAAAUGCUUGGAGUGUGGAAAGGUCUUCAGUCAGAGUAGCCACCUUACUUUGCAUCACAGAACUCACACAGGGGACAAACCAUACAAAUGCUUGGAGUGUGGAAAGAACUUCAGUCGGAGUAACACCCUUAGUAUGCAUGAAAGAAUUCACACAGGGGACAGACCUUAUACAUGCUUGGAGUGUGGAAAGAGCUUCAGUCAAAGAGGCCACCUUACUUUGCAUCACAAAACUCAUACAGGGGACAAACCUUAUCAAUGCUUGGAGUGUGGAAAGAGCUUCAGUCAAAGUGGCCACCUUACUUCGCAUCACAGAACUCACACAGGGGACAAACCAUAUAAAUGCUUGGAGUGUGGAAAGACCUUCAGUGACAGUAGCGCUCUUACUUCACAUCAUAGAACUCACACAGGGGGCAAACCUUAUAAAUGCUUGGAGUGUGGAAAGAGCUUCAGUAAAAGUGGCCACCUUACUUUGCAUCACAAAACUCAUACAGGGGACAAACCUUAUAAAUGCUUGGAGUGUGGAAAGAACUUCAGUCGGAGUGGCACCCUUAGUAUGCAUGAAAGAAUUCACACAGGGGACAGACCGUAUACAUGCUUGGAGUGUGGAAAGAGCUUCAGUCAAAGUGGCCACCUUACUUUGCAUCACAAAACUCAUACAGGGGACAAACCUUAUAAAUGCUUGGAGUGUGGAAAGAGCUUCAGUCGGAGUGACCACCUUACUUCGCAUCACAAAACUCACACAGGGGACAAACCAUAUAAAUGCUUGGAGUGUGGAAAGAACUUCAGUCGGAGUGACACCCUUAGUAUGCAUGAAAGAAUUCACACAGGGGACAGACCUUAUACAUGCUUGGAGUGUGGAAAGAGUUUCAGUCACAGGAGCAACCUUACUUCGCAUCACAAAACUCAUACAGGGAACAAACCUUAUAAAUGCUUGGAGUGUGGAAAGAGCUUCAGUCAGAGUGGCACCCUUAGUAUGCAUGAAAGAACUCACACAGGGGACAAACCCUAUACAUGCUUGGAGUGUGGAAAGAGCUUCAGUCAGAGUAGCCACCUUACUUUGCAUCACAGAACUCACACAGGGGACAAACCUUAUAAAUGCUUGGAGUGUGGAAAGGUCUUCAGUCAGAGUAGCCACCUUACUUUGCAUCACAGAACUCACACAGGGGACAAACUUUAUACAUGCUUGGAGUGUGGGAAGACCUUCAGGUGGAGUGGCUCCUUUACACAACAUCAAAGAACUCACAAGGGACAAAUGUUAUCGAUGCUUGGAGUGUGAAAAGAGCUUCAGUCAGAGUAGCAACCUUACUUCGCAUCAAAGAAGUGUUACGAUUGCUUGGCUAACCCCAUUUUGGUUCAAGUGAAACCCAGGGGGUGCAAGGCCAGGAACUAUAACUCCCCCCCAAGUCUCACACUCCCGCUUCGCUGGUAUGGCUAGUUAUGAGUUCCACAGGUGUUGUGCAAAGAACAACAAGGGCAGCAUUAAGAAACAAAAUUAACCAAAAGCUACUGAAUAAAUGUUAUUUUCUCCUUGGCAGAGUUCCUGGCCGUCCAAAAGAAGAAUCCCAUUGUUCGGAAGAAGGAGCCUUAGUUUUUCAGGGUCAGUAAGAAACUUGCACUCAGACACACACACACACAAAAUCAGCAGAUUCCCAGACCCCUCCUUUGCAGGAGGGGGAGAGAGGAGAAAGUCUUUUAAAACGAGGCUUGAAUCUAGGAAAGGAGGAGAGGAAGGGGGACGAAGGGUGAUCAGAGCUCCAACAUGUACUACGCUCUCAAGGAAUGCAUUGAGGGACUGCAGGGACAGGACUAGGGAGAGACUCUGGGUCUCAGUGCAAACCCUUGAGACCAAGAAAUUUUUUCCUGGGUUUGGAUCAGAGCUCUUCCACAUAGCUUCAGCUGUAUUCAAUCACCCACUCCGGGCCUAGGAUAGGUAAUCUUUCCUACCUGUCACUCCUUUCUAGUAAUAGGGUGCUUUGAUCUCUUUAGUUUAAAGUUAUGAAUGGGUUAGGAUAUUAAUGAUUAAUGUUGCCACGCACCCAAGUAAUUCUGUAACGCUGUUCUAGUCUUAGAGAGCCAGCAUGGUGUAGUGGUUAAGGUGUUGGGCUACGACCUGGGAGACCAGGGUUCGAAUCCCCACCCAGCCAUGAAGCUCACUGGGUGAGCCUCAGAAGAAGGCAAUGGUAAACCCCCUCGGAAUGCUGCUUACCAUGAAAACCCUAUUCAUAGGGUCACGAUAAAUCAGGAUCAACUUGAAGGCAGGCCAUUUCCAUUUCAGCACUCGAAGAAGAUAUCCAACAGAAAGAAUAUCAACAGGUGAAGCUUUCCCCAUAAUUCUAUACUAUAAAAAGGCAGAUAUUAAUCUGCCUGCCACAUGAUUAUGUAGCCACGAGAGCGGCUGUAUACUAUAGCCAGCAUUUAUUUUUCACAUUCUGCAAUGAUAAAUUGAAAAUACCCCCAUGCCAUUCUGAUAAUUCCUAUAAGCUCAUUUCAAACCAAAACCUCACAAAACGUAUAGUCCUGAACUCAGAAGCGCUUGCUUAACCACCCUCUACGUUUUCAUGUCUGAGAUCUCAUAAUUUGUUGAAAUUAAUUAAAAAAUCAGCUGACCUUGCCCUGUUCUCUGACCUUCGUCUUCUGCAGUUUAAAAGUUAAAAAAAAAUGCUUGGCUGAUUUUGAAUUAAUUUUAAAAAAUUUGCAUUCAACUCAGUGAUAAUGUCAGGGAUGCUCAGUAAGAACCAACUGUCAGAGAUCUAAAAGCCUCACAGCUGCUGGGCUUGCCUAAUCAGGGGGCCACAGCUACCCUAGACCCUUGAAUUCACUUUAGCCAGCCAUGGCUUCCCCCAGACUCCUGUUCCACUGAGAGAGCUCCAGUGGCCAGAGUAGUUUAACAGUCAGCCACUCUGAUUGAAGGUCUGUCAGGGGAACAGGGCGUCUCCUAGCAACUCUCAGCACCCUUCACUAACUACACUUCCCAGGAUUCUUUGGGAGAAGCCAUGACUGGCCAAUGGGAAAUAAAGGCCUGGUGUGGAUGUGGCCAGGGACAGCUUUGGUUUAAAUGUGGGUGGGAGGCUACAUGUGCCUGCUAUAGAAUAAAAAGGUGGGGGAAACACAGAAAAGCAAGCAUAGAAUCAUAGAGUUGGAAGGGGCCUUGUAGGCCAUCGAGUCCAACCCCCUGUUCACAGCAGGAAAUCCACAGCUAGAGCAUCUCCCACAGAUAGCUGUCCAGCCUCUGCUUGAAGACAUCCAGCGAAGGGGAUCCCACCACCUCCCUAGGCAGUCGGUUCCAUUGCCGAACCGCCCUUACUGUCAAGAAGUUCCUUCUAAUGCCCAAUCUGAAUCUACGCUCCUGCAACUUAAAACCAUUAGACCUAGUCCUACCCUCUGGGGCAGCAGUGAACAAAUCUGUACCCUCCUCUAUGUGACAGCCCCUCAGGUACUUAAAGAGUGCAAUCAUGUCACCCCUCAGCCUUCUCUUCACCAGACUGAACAUGCCAAGUUCCUUCAACCUUUCCUCAAAAGACUUGUUCUCCAUACCGGCUAUCAUCCUCAUUGCCCUCUUCUGAACCCGCUCUAACUUGUCUAUAUCUUUCUUAAAAUGAGGCACCCAGAACUGAACACAGUAUUCCAGAUGAGGCCUGACCAAUGCAGAAUAUAGUGGGACUAUUACUUCCCUCGACCUGGAAACUAUAGCUCUGUUUAUGCAGCCCAAAACCACGUUUGCCUUUUUUGCCGCAGCAUCACACUGCUGGGUCAUGUUCAACUUGCGAUCCACUACAAUUCCAAGGUCCUUCUCACACGCACUACUGCUAAGCCGGGUAUUUCCCAUCCUGUACCCGUGCAUUUUGUUUUUGUGGCCUAAAUGCACAAUCCUGCAUUUGUCUUUAUUGAAUGUCAUUUUAUUAAUUUCAGCCCAAUUUUCUAGUCUAUCCAGGUCCCUUUGGAUUUUAUUCCUGUCUUCCAUUGUGUUAGCUAUCCCUCCCAGUUUCGUAUCAUCCACAAACUUCAUAAGGCUUCCCUCCACCCCAUCAUCUAAGUCAUUGAUAAAAAUGUUGAAGAGUAUCGGCCCCAGGACAGAACCCUGUGGCACUCCACUCGAAACCUCCUUCCAGUCCGAAGCAGAGCCACUGACGACCACUCUUUGAGUACAGUUUUCCAACCAGUUGUGAAUCCACCUGACAGUAUUUCCAUGUAGUCCGUAUUUGACCAGUUUGCUUUGCUGAAAUCUAGAUAGAUGACAUCUACCAAGCGGCAUGUAGGUGCGGUGAGGAGGGCGAAGAAACAACAUUUUGCCGCCACUAUUAAGUCAUCUCUCUCCCGCCCAGCGGAGCUUUUUAGAGUUGUCCGAGGGCUACUCCACCCUGGCCCACAGGACAUGGUAGAUACAUCGGUAGCCUGCUGUAAUGAGUUUGCUAAGCACUUCCAGCAUAAGAUCUUAUGCAUUCAUCGGGACCUAGAUUCCCAUUUUAUGACAGUUAGUCCUAAUGAGGUGUCUGGAACACAGUCUAGUCAUGUUUUGUUGGAUGAGUUUCAGUCGGUUCAGUUCGAGGACGUGGACAAGGUACUUGGACAGGUACGUGCAACCACUUCGGUACUGGAUCCUUGCCCCUCUUGGCUUAAAAAAACUAGCAAGGAUGGAACAGCUGGCUGGGCCAAGGAAGUGAUAAAUGCCUAUUUAUGAGAGGGAGUGGUCCCUGGCUGUCUGAAAGAAGUGGCGGUGAGACCACUCCUGAAAAAACCUUCCUUGGACCCAGAGGACUUUAACAACUAUAGACCAGUGGCAAAUGUUCCAUUCUUGGGCAAGGUCUUGGAACGAGUGGUUGCUGACCAGCUCCAGGCGCUAUUGGAUGAAACCGAUUAUCUAGAUCCAUUUCAGUCGGGUUUCAGACCUGGUUUUGGCACUGAGACGGCCUUGGUCGCCCUGUGUGAUGACCUAUAUCGGGAGAGAGACAGAGGGAGUAUAACUCUGUUGAUUCUCCUUGAUCUCUCAGCGGCUUUUGAUACCAUCGACCAUGGUAUCCUUCUGGAGAGACUUGCGGAGUUGGGUGUUGGAGGCACUGCUUGGCAGUGGUUCCGCUCCUACUUGGCGGGCCGUCUCCAGAAGAUAAUACUUGGGGAACAUUGCUCGACCCCGUGGGUUCUCCAAUAUGGGGUCCCGCAGGGUUCGGUCUUGUCUCCCAUGCUUUUUAAUAUCUAUAUGAAGCCGUUGGG